AUGACCCACCAAACACACGCCUUUCACAUAGUAAAUCCCAGCCCAUGGCCUCUUACAGGAGCACUAUCAGCCUUCCUCCUAACUUCAGGCCUUAUCAUAUGAUUCCACUUUAACUCCUUCACCCUUCUAACAAUUGCCACAGCAGGUAAUAUCCUAACUAUAUACCAGUGAUGACGAGAUGUAGUGCGUGAAGGAACAUUUCAAGGCCACCACACCCCACCAGUACAAAAGGGGUUACGAUACGGUAUAAUCCUGUUUAUCGUAUCAGAAGUAUUCUUCUUUUCCGGAUUCUUCUGAGCAUUUUACCACUCAAGCCUUGCCCCAACACCAGAACUAGGGGGAUGUUGACCACCAACAGGAAUUAACCCACUCAAUCCAAUUGAAGUACCACUGCUUAACACAGCAGUACUUCUAGCAUCAGGUGUAUCUAUCACCUGAGCUCACCAUAGCCUAAUAGAAGGAAAACGAAAUCACAUAAUCCAAGCAUUAUUAAUCACAAUCCUUCUAGGCCUAUACUUCACCCUACUCCAAGCAUCAGAAUACCUAGAAGCACCAUUUACAAUCUCUGAUGGCAUCUACGGUUCUACAUUCUUUGUAGCAACAGGGUUUCACGGUCUACAUGUAAUCAUUGGCUCUACGUUCCUACUCACAUGCCUCCUACGACAACUAAAUUUUCACUUCACCUCAAAACACCAUUUCGGCUUUGAAGCCGCAGCCUGAUACUGACACUUCGUAGACGUAGUCUGACUUUUCCUAUAUGUAUCAAUUUACUGAUGAGGGUCCU